CGGCAAAAACCCUAGAAAAUAUCUCAACUCUAGUUUAUUAGUACGUCAGCAGCUCUUCUAUAAAUUAUAGCCGCGUCUUCUCAUCCUAAAUCACAAAUCUCUCUCACACACACACACACCCUUUGAAACUUUUAAUUAAAAUAAAAAAAAAAUGUCUGGAGAAACUGAGUACCGGUGCUUCGUGGGAGGCCUCGCCUGGGCCACCGCGGAUGCGGAUCUAGAGAGGACGUUCUCCCAAUUCGGCGAAGUUAUCGAUUCCAAGAUCAUUAACGAUCGCGAGACUGGGAGAUCGAGGGGAUUUGGAUUCGUGACCUUCAAGGAUGACAAGUCAAUGAGGGAUGCUAUUGAAGAGAUGAACGGUAAAGAGCUCGAUGGGCGUACUAUUACCGUCAACGAGGCUCAGUCUAGAGGAAGCGGUGGAGGAGGCCGUGGUGGUGGUGGAGGUUACAACAGAGGUGGAGGCGGCGGAGGAUAUGGUGGAGGCGGUGGUUACGGAGGAGGCGGUGGUGGAUAUGGAAGACGUGAUGGAGGUGGUUACGGAUCUGGUGGUGGCGGCGGAUACGGUGGUGGUGGAAGACGUGAUGGAGGUGGUUACGGAGGAGGAGACGGUGGUUACGGAGGAAACAGCGGUGGUGGUGGUGGUGGCUGGUAAUCAAAGAUGAUGUGGUUGUCUGCUUCUUCUGCUAUGUGUUUGGUUUAGAUUUGGUUUCGUAUCCAUGUUUCUCUGGUUUUUUUAUGUUUCUGGUUUGGGGUUCUAUGUAACAGAUCGUUUAAAAGUCAUCUUUGCCUAAAACGAAAUGUUAACUUAAAUCAUUAACUUAGUUUUUCUUCACAA